AUGGCAAACUUCGACGUCCGCGCUGCGCAGUGCACCCUGCCGCUUGAUCGUGCGGCGAUCGAGCAGCAAGUGCAGGAACUCUUUCAACAAAGUUAUCCGUCGCGCAGCAAGAGCCAGUUGCCAAGCCUUGUCGACGAUGGCGAAGUAUGCAUUCAGAAGCUUCAUCCCGUGACAGAAGUUGGACUUGAUAGCUUGGACCGAUUCAAUAGCUACAUCCGAGGGACCUUACGUGAGUUCGUCAUAGCACAAAUCGGCCACGAAGUGUACGUGCCGUGGCGAGUUUGCCUGAUAGCUUUCCUGCCGAUGAUCUUUUACAGCUCGGUGAACAUCUUAGGCUGCGACAAUGGACCCUGCGAAGAAUCUGCACGGCUGGCUGGCUACAAUUCGGUGGCGCAGUACAUGGCUGUGCAAGCCAUCGGGUGGAGCCUGUGCAUCGUCACAGCGUUUCCCUUGACCUACCCGAUCCUCCUACGCAUGGUGAAAUGCGUGCUCUCUCAUGGCGAGGGUCCUGCGCAACUUAUGGUUGCGUUUUUGUGCUGCCCCUUGGCCUACCUUUACAGCUACAUCUGCGGAAGUUUCAUCUGGGCGGGCCUCAUUUCUCUUGUGGAAAACUACUCGACGAUUCAAGUAGGGGUGUUCAUGUUCAUCAUGGCCCUCUUGGCGUUGCAGAUGAACCUGCUGUUUUCGGUCAGCAGCAAGGAUGAUCAUGAUUACAUGUCCGCUUCGUGCCGUUGCAUCAGACGGCAGGAGGAUUCGGCAGAGUUCGAAAAGAGUGAGAUGCAGGAGCACGAGACUGUGGAGGAUCUACUUGCAGAUUUGCAGGCCCUCCACGGCAAGCUGGUCGCAGUGCUUGGUUUCGAUGCUGUCCGAGCAGAGCAGCAGGUCUCGCCAGGGAAGAUGUCUACCUCAACUUCGGAUGCGACGAGGUCUCUCCCCAGGACCUGCUCUUCGGCAAGACCACGCAGUGCUGGCAGGUCCGCAUUUUCGCCAGGAGUGGAAGAGCGUGUGGAUAGUCGGGUGAGCUACAGUGUGCGGGAUGUCAAGAGCAUGAGCCAAGAGCCACAUGACGGUGAGUUUGCCGCGGAUGAGGAUCUGCGCUUUCCACUGCAACCACAACUGAUCGCUCUCGCGAACAGGCCACUACGAGCCGCGAAGACCGCCAGCAAGACUCAGAGCGCGAAGACUCCAAUAUCGCCAACAGCGAUGCCGGUGAUUGAGCAGAAAUCGCGGUGGGUUUUCUAUCCCUCGUCCAGGUGCCGUCUGUGUUGGGAUGCGCUCAUGCUCAUCGUUCUGUUGCAGGAUAUGCUUGUCAGCCCCCUCCAUGUCUUUGACGUGGAUGCUGACCAGAGGACGAUGCAAAGCUCUUGGAUUGUGAUGUCGGAUACUUUCUGGUCGCUGGACGUGGUGCUCUCUUUCUUCACGGCCGUGUAUGUUGACGGCAGGUUGGUGCAGGAUGGCGUCGGCAUUGCGAAGGCCUACGUGAUGUCGUGGAUGCCUUUCGAUCUCUGUCUCCUGGUCUUAGAUUGGCUGUCUUAUUCCCUGUCCGACCACGACUCAUGGCUUCACAUUCUAGGUGUCAUGCGACUCGCGCGUGCCGGACGGCUUCUUCGCCUUCUGCGCUUGCUUCGAUUACUGCGAGCGUUGAAGAUCAAGCAGGCGAUGCAAUCCUUCAUGCUGCGAGGACUGCCAGGCAGCUCGUGGCACUUUGUUAUUGAUGUGGCCAAAUAUGUUGCCAGCAUGAUGUACGGCCUGCAUUUGCUCACUUGCUUCUGGUACUGGGUGGGGAAUGUGCCGGAUGGCUGGGUGCACGAGCAAGAGUUGAGUGGACAGUCCUUGUCAUCGAUGUAUUUCGCAUCGUUGGUUUUAUCAUUGUCAAGGCUACCAGCAUCGUCGAUGAGAUGGAACAUGACCCUCGAGACAGAUGGCGAGCGAACAUUGGCCAUCGUAGCCACCUUCAUGGCGUUGGGCAUGUCCUCGGUGUGCAUCAGCAAGGUGACGAACGUGAUGGCGCGGUGGCAGAGUAUCAGACAUCAGAAACAUCAAAUCAUUCAAUCCUUGCGCGAUUAUUGUGCAUCGCACGGGGUCGAUUCGUCGCAUAUCCUGAGCCUGAAGAAGUACGCGGAGCGUGAACUUGCGCGGAAGGCUGCUAAUGAGGCCCAUACCACUUUGUUGCAGACAUUUUCCAGCACCAUGCUGAAAACCCUUCUCCACCAAGCGCGUCGUUCUUUUUUGUGCUACCACAAAGAGUUUACCAGCUGGUGUGCCAAGUCGGAGAUUUUGGAGUACAGUAUAUGCAGCAAGGCCAUGACAGAGCAAUACAAGAUGCGGCACGACUGCAUCUUCAUGCCAUCAGACCACGCAGAAGGCCUGUAUUUGAUGGCCACGGUUCAGUGCUCCUAUGUGUUCGACAGCCUUCCCAUGAUGCCGCGGUUUGGAACAAAUCCGGGUCCUGAUUCUGGGACCAGGUGCUGCUUGUGGCGAUGUUUCGGUCAGCCGAUGGACGAGAUCGAGGAGAAUGUGGCCCAACUCAGAGCAGCGGACUACAUCAGCGAACAUGCGCUGUGGAUUGCAGGUUGGAGCCAUCGUGGGAGGUUGCAGGCAACUGCUGACGGCUGGAUGUUGGUUUUGCCAACUUGCAGCCUCAUGGAGACGUUAAAGGAGCACCCCAGCAUCGUCGAGUGCGUCGUCAGCUUCGCGAAGAGGUAUGCUGAACAAAUUAACAUUUUGGCGGAGAUGAAGGAUGACAAGCUGUCAGAUCUCCCUUUCAGUAUCUGCGGCUUGCAUUGGCAUGAAUCUGCAGAUCAGGCAUCGUGA